AUGGAGACCGAAGAAGUACUCAGCUCUGAAGUGCCCAUACUUAGAGAUGUUGCAGUGGUAGACGAUGAACUAGUUGCCGAGGAUUGUGGUACAAUCGAAGUCCUAAUGGGAACCGAAGAAGUAGUCCCCUCCGAAGCACUCAUAUUUGAAACUACCGCGUUGAUAGAGGAUGCAAUAAUUGCCGAGGACUUAUUAGCUGAUGUAGAGGAUGACGCUAACACGUCAUUUAGGGUAGAACAAGUGCAGCCUGACUCAGCCGAGGAUGUCUAG